AUGGCUCAUUAUCUUGCAUCCGACAGUCACCUUGAGCUACGCGCGCCAAUUGUCAAAGAGAACACGGGUUUUGACAAAAGCGAUGCGUCUCAGUCCAACAAAGAUGCCAUUGAGCUUGCUAGAAUCGGAAAAAGAGAAGCUUUGAAGCGAAGAUUUGGCUUGACAAGCACCGUCGGGUUUGCUUGUAGUAUUAUGCUGACAUGGGAAGCAAUGAUCAUGAAUAUCCAAUUGGGUUUGAUGAACGGCGGUCCAGCUGGACUAGUGUAUGGAUACAUCGCAGUCUGGAUCGGCUUUGUGAGCAUCUUUCUCGCGAUGGGGGAAUUGGCAAGCAUGUUCCCUUCGGCUGGAGGACAAUACCACUGGGCUUUUCUCCUUGCUCCCAAGUCAUCCCAGCGAUUCCUCAGUCACGUCACCGGUUCGAUUUGCAUUCUAGCAUGGACUGCAGGUCCAACGGCAACCGUCUACUUGGCUGGCAGUGUUUUGCAAAGCGCGGUUGCAAUGAACGUGCCCGAGUACGAUCCCCAAGGCUGGCAUGUCACGUUCAUCAUGUGGGGAAUCUUGCUCAUCUGCACGGUACUGAAUACAUGGUUGGGAAUGAUCUUGCCAGUCAUCGAAGUGUUCAUUCUCAUCAUCCAUGUGCUUGGUUUCUUCGCCGUCUUGAUCCCGCUCGUCUAUCUCGGUCCACGAGCUGACCCACGAGCGGUUUUCACUCUGACAUUCAAUUUUGGCGGCUGGCAUGACAUUACUCUUGCAACGCUCGUUGGCCUCAAAGGAACGGUUGCAGCCUUCCUCGGCACGGACGGCGCCGUCCAUAUGGCUGAAGAGGUCGCAAAUAGUAGUCUGGUCGUGCCGCAAUCCAUGCUAUUUGCGAUUCUGAUUAAUGGGACCCUCGGCUUCGGCAUUUUAAUCGCAUUUCUCUUCACCGCGGGAGAUCUGUCUGCCCUCAUCGAAUCCAACGCCGCGUACCCAUUCAUGGACAUCCUGGCCAGCUCGACCAAAAGCAAAGGGGCUGCAAUCGUUCUCUCGAGCAUGGUCGCCAUCCUGCAAGCGUGCGCAGGAGUCGGUGCAAUUUCGUCCGGUAGCCGCAUGCUAUGGUCCUUCUCGCGCGAGCGAGCCAUCCCGGGCUGGCGAUGGAUCCGUCAGGUCAACUCGCGAACCUCGGUCCCAUUCCACAGCACCUGCGUCAUCGUUGUCGCCGCCGGUCUUCUCAGCCUCAUCAACAUCGGGUCAUCCGUCGUGCUAAACAUCAUUCUGUCGCUGGUCCUGGAGGGAUUCUUCGCCUCCUACCUGAUUUCCCUCUCCCUGCUGCUCUACCGCAGAAUGAGGAGCGACAUUGCAGAUCCUCGCGAGGACGGAGGACCCGGUCGGAAACCCUUCCUGUGGGGACCUUUCAGACUCAAAGGAUGGAUCGGACUAGCGAACAAUGUCUUCGCCAUCAUCUUCACGGUGAUCAUGAUGUUCUUCGGGUGCUGGCCACCGAAGACGCAUCCGUCUGCGGCGGACAUGAAUUACAGCAUCGUGAUCUUUGGGGGCGUGACCAUCUUAGCUGUGGUGUAUUACCUGGGAUGGGCGAGGAAGCAUUAUCAUGGACCCGUGAUUGAGGUGUGACAGG